GAUUCUAUGAAAUUGGCUUAAGCAUUCACCUUCAAAAUACAAAUCCAUGACAAAUCACAAUAAAUGGGGAAGUGUUUUGAGAUAUCCUCCAAACUUGAAAGAAAAUAAAUGCAAGAAAAGUUAGUAUAUUUAUGCCAACUGUAUUUUAGUAAGAAAUCUGGAUGUGGUUGGAUUGUGAUUGCACCAUGACUUACAACUUACUUAAUUGCAGGAUAAAUAUCAAAUUCGACACAGAAGGACAGCCCAUUGGAAAUGCUAACCUGAAGUUAUUCUCUGAUAGAUCACGUCUGGAUUCCCUGUUAGCCUUCUAACAGUUGCUCUACAAGAAACAUAACAAAGGCUCAACACAAGUCGCAAAAUUCGCUGACAUCUUGGCUGCACUUUGCAGCCAUGAAACGCCACGUAGGAACAUUGUAGGGAAAGAGGAAACAGAACUCUGAAACACCGAGACACGACAAACCUGAUGAAUCAAUGAAAUGGUCACGAUCACCACAACAAAACAAACCCACAUCUGGGGGGAAUGAUACAGCGAGCACAUCUGGAGUUGCCCAACUACAUUGUAAUAUGGUUGCAAAUCUCAACCACUGUUUCACCACUUUGUGUGGAUCGAGUGAGAUAGCCUCCCUGGGCACUGAUUCGAUUGUAAAUGCAGAGGGCGAUGCGAUGAUCUGCGGCAUGGAUCAGACACCCGUCAAAACACCAACAGGCAAUGUCUUCGCUUUACCUGACUUUGAGGAAAGUCUUAAAGAGAUGAUAACGGAUAAAGGUUCAAAUACCUUAUUCACUGAGACGCUGGCCCUGUACAACGGGUACCAGCUGCACCGACUGACAAAUUUCUACCGAGACAGAUUGGAACAGGCCAUUGAGGAAGGCGUGGAGGACAUCAGCUCAAGGCUAACACAGAAUGAAUGUUUAAGCCCCCAGGAGCACAAAAAACUCACGGAGCUCACACACAGUGGGCGGAAGAGACAAAGCUCAAAACUUCUUCUGAACAUGGUGAUGGGGAAAGGUUCCCAGUCCAAUAUAGUGAUGUGGGAAUCCUUUGUGAAAAUGAGGCAAACUUUGCCCAAACCGAACAAAAUCAUGACUGAAAUACAGGAACAAGGUGCCAGUCUAGUGAAUGAGGUGACGAUGGACCGAAGUAUACCAGACUUCCCCAGUGAUAUGAUAGCGAUUCAGGGACUGCACAAGGACACGUUACACAAACAAUGUGAGAAACUGGAAGUGAAGACCAUCCUGAUACAGGAGAAGGUGAGUACGUUUCAGUUGGUUGAUCGCUACACGGAGUUAACAAUCAUUUCAGAUCUCCGUCACCGCAAACUGGUAGAACAUGAGCUGCUGGCGAGAGGCAGAGACCACGAGGAAUGGAGACAGAAGCAACUCCGGGGAGAGCUGGAAAAAAUAAGAACUGAUAAACUGUUCCACAGCAGCUUCUCAAACCGAAGUCAUUUAACUUCCUCCCAGGGAAGCGGAUCUGACUCUCCCACAGGGACUUCGGCAGUAGUGAGUGGAGUGGCGGGGAUUGGAAAAACAACCAUGGUGCAGAAGAUUGUUCAUGACUGGGCCACAGGCAAAAUCUAUCCUCAGUUUCACUUUGUAUUUGUUUUUAAAUUUCGAGACCUAAACAAACUACACAACAAAAUAACCCUAAACCGCCUGAUCGUGGAGCAGUAUCCAUACCUCAGGGAUGUUCUGGAAGAGCUGUGGAAACUCCCAGAGAGAUUACUCUUUAUAUUGGAUGGUUUGGAUGAAUUCGGGGCAAGGAUUAAUUUCGCUGAUAGUCGGAGAGACACAGAGCCUCAGCGCAGGUGCACAGACCCUAAAUUCUGCUGUAAAGUGUGCGGCAUUGUGUACAGUUUAAUACAGAAAAAGCUGCUGCCAGGCUGCUCAGUGCUGGUGACCAGCCGCCCCACUGCAUUAUAUUUACUGGCAAAGGCUCAGGUCAGUGUCUGGGCUGAAAUCCUGGGAUUUGUGGGUCAAGAGAGGAAGGAAUAUUUUCAAACGUUCUUUGAAGAUCAGGAGGUGGCGGCUGCUGUUUACAGCCACGUGGAGGAAAACGAGCUCCUGCUCACCAUGUGCUAUAACCCGUCCUACUGCUGGAUCCUCGCUCUGUCUCUGGGUCCCUUCUUUAUACAGAAACACAGCAACAAACAACAAGUUCCUAAGACAAUUACACAACUCUUCUAUUAUAUUUAUCACAUCCUAACACUUCACAGCGUCAAGAUGGAAAGCUCCCGUAAUGUAAUGUUGAAGAUUGGUGAGAUGGCCUUCACUGGUGUCUCCCAGAGAAACAUUGUAUUUAAUGAUGAAGAUCUGAUCAAAUAUAACCUCCAGCCUUCCCAGUUCCUCUCUGGCUUUCUCAUGGAACUUGUGGAGAGAGAGUCUUCAGAGAACAGCGUGGUCUACACAUUUCCGCACCUCACCAUCCAGGAGUUUGUAGCCGCACUCGCUCAGUUCCUGUUUCCGAAUCCAGAAGGUAUUCGGGAUUACUUUUAUCAAGCUCACAGUAAAGAGGACGGCCGGUUUGAGAUAUUCCUGCGCUUUGUUGCGGGUCUCUCCUCCCCACGGGCAGCUCAGCCACUGGAGGAGUUUCUGGGGCCAUUUGUUCAUCAAAAAACCUACGCGGUGAUCGAUUGGCUGAAGGAGAAGAUUAAAGCUCAGGUCAGAGACACAGACACUGUCACUGGGAAAAGGAAGCUGCGUAACUUACUCCACUACCUGUUUUAGUCUCAGAAUCAAGCCCUGGCACAGCUCACACUGGGCUCUGACCACACACUGACAUUUGGUGACUCCUCUCCAGGGAAAGCAUUGAGACUGACACCGAUAGAUUGUGUUUUGGUGUCUCAGACCAUUGCACUGUGUGACACAGUAAAACAACUGGAUUUGAGGAGCUGCUACAUUCAGGAUGGGGGUCUCCAGUGGGUUCCUGCUCUGCACAAGUGUCAGGAGUUGCGGCUGGGGAGCAAUAAUCUGGGAGAUUGUGG